AUGACUUCACCGGAAUCUACUCUGCCCGUUUCCUCUCUGGGCGUUCCCGGGUAUGCUCUCGUAACAGGAGGCGCCUCCGGUAUUGGGCGUGCCAUCGUUCGACUCCUGGCUCGCGAUGCAUGUUCUGGAAUUGCAGUUGCAGACAUAAAUGCAGACGCCCUUGCAGCGGUCCAGAAGGAACUCACCGAAACUGCUACCAAUAAGGACUUCAAGUGCAUCACGAUCAAUGUUGAUGUCCGAAAUGAAGACUCGGUCACGAAUAUGAUCAAGCAGACGACAGAGACCUUUGGAAGGCUCGACUACGCAGUCAACUGCGCUGGAAUAGGCCUGAAGAAGCCGCUUGCCGAGACAGAUGUGAAGGACUGGGAUCGCAUGAUGGGCAUCAACAUGACGGGCGUCUUCCUCUGCAUGAAGGCGGAGAUCAACCACAUGAUCACGCAGGACCCCCCGGCUUCACCAAAGCGACGCGGGGCGAUCGUGAACAUCGCCUCGCUAUCAGCCAUCGCCGGGCUGCGCCACUCAGGCGCCUACACGGCCGCCAAACACGGAGUGGCAGGUCUCACAAGGACGGCGUCUCUCGACUACCCCGAGAUCAAGUGCAACGCAAUCGCCCCGGGGUAUAUCAAGACGCCGCUCACGGAUGCGCCUGGCGCGAUGAGGGACAACGCACUCAUCAAGGUCAACGACUGGACGCCAAUGAAGCGUUUCGGAUUACCGGAAGAAAUCGCCGAGGGCGUUGUUUGGCUGUUGGGCUCUCGAAGUAAUUUUGUACAUGGCUCGUGUCUGGUAAUGGACGGUGGUUAUUUGACUCAGUAA